AGUUCUGCCCGGUGGUGUAGGGUCCUAAUUACUCCAAGUUUGUGUUCCUUGUGUUUCUACUCUUCUGGGAAAGCUUUCCACAAGGUUUAGGAGUGUGUGGGAAUUUUUGUCCAUUCUUUUAGAAGUGUUUCUAGAACUGAGGUCAGGCAUUGAUGUUGGACAAGAAAGCCUGGCUCACAGUCUCUAAUUCAUACCAAAGGUGGUCUGUCGGGUUGAGAUGAGCACUCUGUGAGGCCAGGCAAGUUCUUCCACACUGAACUCGCUCAUCUUUAUGCAACCUACUACGCCCAAAUUACUCUCCAAUAUAUCGAUCAGAAUAUGUGUGAAUAUUAGAUAGACCACUUUAGUUGCAGUCAUGGACAGCAGCACAAAUCAUAGUAGAUAGUGGAUAGCUGUACAUUAGAAAUUCCUCACACAGUGAAACUUCUUCUCAAAUGAAUAAGUGCUGAUGAAUUGACAAGUAAACUAUAACUUACAGUCACUUACACAUUUUACAUCACAUUUGAUUAGGCUUGUACCACAAAGGGUUUAAUUAUUUAUGGAGAAAACACCAUGGAAGACUCAUAAGAACUAAAAACCAUCAGUCAAAGUGAUUAAGCUGCAGUGACUGUAGCCUAGCUAGUUAAAGUCAGUUGCUGAGAUAGCCUUGGCUAUAAUUUCAGGAAUUAGGAGAAUGUGAAGGAAAGGAACAUUGUAUUUUUACGCUACACAAAGUAAAAGGACAAUACAAGAAAUUAUGUUCUCUCGCGUUAAUGACAUCAGGUUGUGGUUGGGUUAGCAGCAGGGUUGGAGUAGAGGUGAGCAACAAAAAUUAAAUUAAAUCAUGUUCCAAAACAAUUAAAGUGUUUUAAGUGGAAGGAAACAACAUUAGAAGCUUCCUUUCACUUCCCGGGGUGUCACUGUGAUGAUGCGUGACUACUUAGAGUAGCAAAGCUAGAAAAAAUGAUUUGUCCUCUAUAACUAGUACACUGAAAAUACAGGACAACACUACCACACUACAUGCUUAUGAAUGCUGUGUCAAGAAUGUCAAAUGACAUAGUUGUUGUUGGGAACAUAAUUAUCAUGACACAGGAUUCCUAAGCAUGUAGUGUGGGUGCAGCUGAGCAGCUGACAUGAAGGGAGCAAAUGUUCCAGGAUGGCACUAUCUGUUGUUAAUAAAAGCACCUCUGCUUUUUAUCGUGCACUUUUCAGUUUUCUGCCUGAACCAUCUGCAAGCCUCUGAUGGUAACAGUGAGAGUACUGUCCUAUGGCUUUAUCUCCCCUCCUCCAUCUGUGUCUCUGAUGUGGUCCUAUCUCUUUUCUGUCACCUCAUUGUUUCUCUACAUGUGAAAUGGCUGCGAUUUUCAUUCUGGUCAGAAGGCAACACAGUUGAUUCAAAGUAAUCAAAAAAGCACAAAUCAGUUACUAAAUCUUAGCUUGAACUGAGAGAAAAGGAGUUCCAGGUUAACCUAAUCCCGAAACAUGCUAAUCACACAAAGUAAAGUUAUUUACUCCAAAUACGGUGACAUUUUAUUGGCUGAUAAACUGUUUUACCCUACCUGUUUCUGCUUGUAGAGGAGCAGCAUCCAAACUGUACAUACUUGAACAAUUUUGCAUUUCUACUUUGAUAGCACAUUACAGUGCUUCGUUCUAGCUCUAUUUUGAUUAAGUGCACAAACAAUGUGGGAGAUAAAGCCACCAUUCUAUUGAAACUUUAGCUGUUCAGGAGUAACUACACAGAAAUACAUGAGAGGUAGCUGAUGAUCUGAGUAGUACCUACAAAAUGGCAAUGCACCUAUUCUCAGAGUACCCCUUCACCCAAGAACAUUGGUUUUGCUUGUAUAGUUGUAUUUGUGCUCUUGAAAACUAUUUGAUGAAAACGCCAAUGCGGUUGGCUAAUGAAGUAGGGCAGAAUGAAUAUUGAGUGAUAUUGAUUGCCGGUGCAGACUGCUGCUGCUGUGCUCUAGGAUUUUUAUGGAUGGCUCUCUCUCACACACACACCCACACACUGUGUGUUGUGUAUGAACCGAUCAUACUGCAGAGGCCAGUGGUGAUGGAGAGGGGGAGAGUAUAGAGAAGGACAUGAAGGAAACAGUGGUAUGGGAGGAAAAUGAGGAGGAGGAAAAACAUGAAGAAUGGAGACUUGUACAGGAAUGGGCGUUCUUCCAUGGAUGCAUAAGUCUGCUCUACCCUUUUCUUCUCUGGUCUGACUCAUCUUCCACACUGGUGCAGUCUGCCUGUGUGCAUUUUCCAGCACACACACACACGUGCGUGCAGGCGAUGACACGUUAACAGAGGGAGCUCCGCCUCCUCUGCAGUGUAGCGACAGCUAGAGAGGGGCAGCAAUGGAGGAGCCAGCAGUACAGCAGGAAAAAAUAGAGGGAUCGUGGGAAGGAGGGCAUGAUGAAGGAAAAGCAGACUGGAAAAACGAAUGCUCUCUCUCAUCCCUCCUUAAACAUUCCUGUCUUCUUUGCUGGUCAUCUCCCAGGGACACCGACAUCACGGAGACUGAUGAGAGAAUCCUUGCCAAGACGGCCGAGAUCAGAGUAAGAAGACCACAGCACCUAGCACUGGAGCUGGAGAGCGCAGUGGCAGUGGAAAACUUGGAACUUCAGGAGCAGAGGUCAGACCGCAAAGAGCUGGAGGAGACCCUAGUUAAAUUAGAGAAACACAAAGAGAAACUGAUACAGCAAAUAAAGGCAACCAGACAGCUCUGCUAUGAAGAAAGUCAGCAGAUCCUGUCUCUGCAGGCAGAGGAGGCACAGAAGGAGAGCCAAGUGGAAGAGUAUGAGAGGGAGCUUUCCAGAGCCAGAUGGAGGCUGAGGAAGCUAAGAGAAGAGGUGAAACAGGCCAAGAGGAAAGUGGAAGAGGCUGGAGAGCGGAACAGUCCUCUACAAGACUCAAUCAGACAGUCUUAUGAAGAGAUCCUGCAGGAGGAGCACACGCUGUAUUCUCUGUCAGGAGGUGCAGUCACUCCAGAAAGCCAUCUGGAUGAAUCAGCUUCUCCUGCAGACACCACUGAAGAUAAUCUGCCUUCUCUGAGGCCAUGGGGAAGGAGCCAAUCACUGCCUGCCUAUGCUGACCUCAUAAUGGGGGGCAGUGGUUCACCUUUCUGCAAUAAUCUAGUCGGUACCAGAGAAGAAGAUGACAGUGGGACCAGCUCACCAAAGAUGGAUAGGUCUGACAUAGAGGAUGGCCUGGAGGAAGGGGAGCUCAACAACGAAGGGGAAAACGAAAGAGACCAGGAAGAGUUCACUAUGAACCCCAACCCUCUCAGCCAGCUGGACUUCUACCAAGCCAACCCCUUCGCCCGCUGUCAGUGUGACCAUGACCUCUUCAAUGAAGACCUAUUCCUUAAAACAGACUCAUCUGAUGGCUUUGGUUCUGACCCUUUCAAAGGCAGCGACCCCUUCGCAGCAGAUAUUUUGUUUCCGUUGACGAAUACUGUCACUGGUGAGGGCACAGGAAAUGCCGGUGACGAAGCAGACACCAGUCUGUCUUGUGUUGAAAACAAAGCUUCAACGGGAACUCAGUGCUUUGAGUCAGAAUUCCCAGAUGAAGACAGUGACAUAGAGAUUAGCUACAGUCGAGAGGACCUGGACACCAUUGCUAUGGUAGAUGAUUCUCAUGGAUUUAAACCCAUUCAGAGUUCGUCAGAAGAGCUGGGGCCAGAGCCUAUCCGAGGCUGGCGUUCCCAGGGACAGUAUUCUGUAGAAUCGGACCCUAAUGGGUAUGAGCUUGAUCUUGGUGCUGUCUCCCCACCCUCCGACAUAGAAGAACAUAGUCUGGGAUCUCUGGCUGGAGAGGCUAUUACUCAGUCAUCAGCAGGAUUAGAGCAAGGUGAGUGUCUUGGUUUGACUCAAGCUGUUGGCGAACCUGUCCUGUUGGAGCCAGGUUGGACAGGCAACAGAGAGGAAACUUUGCCCCGUGAUGUCACUUACAGUCAGCAAACAGAACAGGUUAGGAACAUCAAAGAAGAAAUCCAAAUCCCUGCUGUUCCACAGAACUUGUCCCAGAACAUUUUCACUCAGCCUGACUCACAUCAGAACAGCCUUGAGUUGAACUAUGAACCAACCAGUCAGUCUUCCUUUGACCCAUAUGGCUUUAAACUCAGCCCAGAGCAUUCCAGUCACACUCUUUUAGACCCUGAUGAAGAUGAGUUGAGUCCAGAACCUGCUGAUGAUGAUCUGACCUUUGACCCUGAACCCUGCUCUUCUCAACAUCAGCUGAACUUUGAUGCCUAUGGGUUUGACGUUACCUCCUCCCAGAUGAUACGGGACUUUGACCCUUAUGGCUUUAAGCUAAGCCCUCAAGAAGAGAACCAGGAAGUAUUGGACCCCUGUGGCCAUGACAACCAUGAUGCAAUAGACCUUUGUACCUAUGAAAACAAUGAGCAAAGAAAGCUCUCAAGCUAUAAUAACCCAGAAAUACUGAAACCUCAUACCCAUGAAAACCAAGAAGUGCUUGAAAAUGAUAGCCACAAUAACCAGGAAUUUCUAGAUUUGUGUAAUAAUGGAAACCAAGAAGUGCUGGAACCAUCUAGCCUCGAAAACAGGGAGGUGGUUAACCAUAAAAACCAAGUCCUGGAACUCUGUAGUCACAACAAUCAAGAAGUUGUGGACCUCUGUCGGAAUAAUAGCAGUGAGCAAUUACUUGAACCUUGUGACUGUCAUAACCAAGAAGUGCUGGAACCUCAUAGCUUUGGCAGUCAGGACGUCCUGGACUUCUCCUAUCCUAAAAAUCAGGAAGUGUUAGAUUUAGAUAGCCAUGGUAACCAAGAAGUUUUGGAUUUUAAUAGCAAGGAAAACCAGGGCGUGCUAGUUUCAGGUAGCUACAAUAAGCAGGAACUUCAGGAAAAUCAGGAGUUACCUGACCAGGAGGGAUUGGACUUGUUGAGUACAGACAUUUUGCCUGAAGCAAACAACAACCAGUGCAUUCUGGAACCAGAACAGGAUGUCAGUUCCGUUAAUGACAGCUCAGACAGUGAUGUGGCAUCCGAAAAUAUGCUGGGACUGCAGCUCAGUAACCCCAGUAUCUGCACCUCGAAUACCACAAAUACUAGUACUGCUGAUACUUUAAACAUGGCCAUCAGUAGCAUGUCUGCCAGCCAGGACCUUAAUUCGUCUGCUGCCCUGAUCCACCACAACCUUUUAGAAGGUGAUCUGGGUUCAGUGUUUGGGGCUGGAGGAUACAUUGGAUGUCCUGAUGUAGCUGAUGACCUAGAGCCAUUGCAGAGAAGGCAGACAAACCCAGUACCAGAGCCAGUACGACCAGUUAGGCCUCCUCGACCAUCUCUCGGGGCCAAGGACAAGGCCCAGUCCCAGACUCAGGUCAUCGAUUUAAAGUGAUCUCUCACCAUGAAACAUUCAAGUGAGGUUUACUGUGUCACCAUGGUUCCUGUGAUGACAACGAGGCAAGAAGUGAAGAUGAUAAGGAAUAAAGUAAGACAAAGGGAAAUGCAAUGGAGGAAAAAUGGCUAAAGAGCAAGAGCUCAUUCUGUUGUUAAUUAUCACAGUAAAUUAGUUCAGGUUAAUCAGAGGAGAAACAAUGGAAGGCAAGAUGAAAAAACUACCAAGAACCAAAUGAUAAAAAAGAUUUCCUGGUUGUUAUAUUAAGAAACAUGAUUUUAUCCAGUUUAUUUAUUUACAUCUGUCAAGGUUGCAAAAGACUGUCUGACCUACUAUCUUGUCUUUUUAUGAUUUGAUGAACUUAAGAAGAUUUUGACAGACCUGACUGGUCUGAAGUGAAAAUAAUGUCCAUGUUUGUGAUGUGACAUACAGUAAAUAUUAGGACAUAUGUUACAAGACUUCAAAUAGAUAAACUGUAUAUAAAUGAUACAAUGUAACCUGCUGUUGUGGUUUUGAGAUUAUCUAUUCAAUUAGUAGUUUAGAUCUAAGUUGCAUAUGAACUGUAGAGAGUUUAUAGUCGGAUUUACCAAUGAGUGCAUAUCCACGCUCACAACAGUGUUUUCACACAUCAUUUAAGAGUGCUCCUUAAAGAGAAGCAGUGGUUCACUGCCAUUCUAGGCUGGAUUCUUCAGUUUCACCAGUGACAAAGCAUGGCUGAUGGCUGUGGUCAGGUGUGUGCUUUGUUACAUGUGUAGCAGGCUCAGUAGUGAUGUUGGAGUCUUGUGAUGUGAACCUGUGCAUCACUGCUGCAAGUCAAGGGUGAGUAAAACUAUAUUUUUAGUUAGUUUUAAGUUCCUGUUUAAAGUGCGAUGCCACCCAUGUUUGUAAUUGGACUGUAACUGAAAAGAUGGCCACUUCAUUCUUUGUCCCAAUUUCAUACUGUACACUAAUGCUGAAAAUAAAAACUAUGCAGUGAU